AUGCAACUUGAGAUGGUUUUCAUAAUGAAAAUUUCACUUCAUUUGGAAACCCUUCAUGACGUCUAUGCGUUUAUGACAAUUAACAAAAAGUGUUGUAAUGCUGUGAGUGGGUUACAGGUGAAUCCCUUUUUAUUAUUUGCUUCUGAUAUUGAGAAGUAUUAUCAACACUUUAAACAACAAACCCUUAAUUGCAAUUUUCUUCCUAUACAUUUUGAAGUGAUUAAAAAUGCCAAAAUUGUGAGGAACAUUAACAUUUCAUUACGUUCACAAUUUCCUCCAAACACAGAAGAUGAAAAAGAUAAAUUCUUCAGUAAAUUUCACAACUUUGAUAUACCAAAGGGAAGAGUCGAGUUCAUACCGAAAAUCAUCGAAAAGGCAACCCAUUCUUUUACACUCAAAUGCUCUCCAAAAUUCUUUUUUGAGUUUGUAACAAAAUAUGAACAAAGUGGAGGUUGUAUCGCACUUUUCCCCCAAAAAGUUGUUAUAGAGAUGAGUAGGGAUACGGACUUCGGUCAAAACAUAUAUAGAAAAUAUAAGGGUUGGGCGUCUCGAGAGGAGAAGCGCUUUACCUCCGAGCAAAUAGUCGAAACUAUCAAUGCAAGUGUAGACAAAUAUAAUUGUGAUGUAUAUUGUGAUUGGACAAAUAACAAGUACUUUGAAUGUUUUGCAGAUAAAUUGGGGAAGUGUAAGCAUUAUACAAAGAGUCAUAUCUAUAGUGGAGAUGUCAAUCAGGUACAUCCAAUUGAUUGUAACAAUAAAGUUGUAUUUACUGCAGAGAGUUUGUAUGACACAGACUUUAAUUUAAAAGAAGUUUGUAGUGUUAUAGAUGCUUGUUAUCUUCAAAGUGUGUGUUUUGGAGUAUCAAAAAAGUUUGUAUUAAAUUUGAAAGACUGUGUGUUAUCAAAUUGUGUUCAGAGUUUUAAAGUGACAUCCUUUGAAAUGAAGAAAAUGACAACUUUUAUAAGAGACUGGAAAAAACGAUGUGUUAUAUUGCCAGAUAUGUUGAAUGUCGAAAAAGUCGAAUUCGAUAGCGUGUUUGUCGUUUGCGACAAAAAAUACGACGCAGUCAAAAAUGUGAAAAUCUCGUCAAAUUCAAAAUUUUUGAAAAAGACGAAAAAACUGAUGAAAAAUAUCGAAAAAGUCGAAACAGAAAUUGUCAAAAUCAAAGUUUCAGAAUUGCCACAAAUCGACUUUUUCGCUUUUGAAAACGUCGAAGAAUUGAUUUUUGAAGAUAUGGAUAAGGUCGACUUACCCGACUUGAAAAAAUUGACUAAAAUGAGAAAACUGACUUUAGAUAAAGUCAACAACAGCAUCGCAUCGGUACCAGUAUGGUAUGUAGUAAAACGUGUGUAA